AUGAAGCUGCGCAAACUUCUGUGCCUGACGAUCGUCCUGCUCGUUCCCCUCCAGAUGCUGAUCGAGCUGGGACUGCAGUUCAACUGGCGGCUCCUGCCCUCUCUCUCUCUCUUCCUGCUCUCACUCGCUAUUAUGCACUUCGAGAAGAGAGCGCUUGCGGUUUGCAUUCAACUCGGAAAAACCAUCGGACUCUUCUGGCUUCUGAAUCCGCGCCACGUCACUGAUAUUCUGCUCAUUCUCAGCGGAUUCUGGCGUGAGUUUUUUUUGGAUGUUUUUGGAUUUUGCAACGAGAGGACAGAAUUGCAAAAUGACCAUCUUUUUGCAGUGUUCCUCAUCUUCUUCGCCGUAAUCGAGGCGCUCCGCGUCACUGAGAACAUCAAGGAACGUCUCGAGGACCUCGCCCAAAGCCGUUCCGCGCCCACGCACCAGAGCCGUCUCGAAAUCCAAAUCAUGCUUUGA